GACGGCGCAGGAAGCCGCCUCCUCCCCCUCCCCAGCGCCGUUGCUAGGCGCGCGGAGAUCUCGCGAGAGUUGCUGUGGCGGCGGCGGCCAAGAUGGCGGACGGGGCGGGUAGCAACGGGGACGCCGCGGCGCUGCCGGUGGGCAGGGAGGCAGUGGAGCGGCUGAUCCGGGAGAACGGACACAUCUUCACCGAGGCGCAGUGCAAGGUGUGCAGCGCGCUGCUCAUCUCCGAGUCCCAGCGGCUGGCGCACUACCAGAGCAAGAAGCACGCCAACAAGGUGCGGCGGUACCUGUCCAUCCACGGCGAGGAGGAGCUGGCGCCUGGCAAGAGGCUGAAGGUGGACGCCAAGCAGGAGAGCAAGCAGGAAGGCAGCAACGGGGAGGACAGGAACAAGUGCUGCCCCAUCUGUAACAUGACCUUUUCCUCCCCGGCCGUGGCAACGUCUCACUACCUGGGGAAGACGCACGCCAAGAACGUGAAGCAGCAGUCCCCCAAAGCAGAAGACGUAGCGCCCCCACAGAAGCAUCCUGCUGCCCUCCCCACCUCCACCGUGUCUUCUAACGAAGAGAACAAGGACAUUACUGACCCAGACAAGUUCUGUAGCCUCUGCCAUGCCACGUUCAACAACCCCCUUAUGGCGAAACAGCAUUACGUAGGCAAGAAGCACAGGAAGCAAGAGACCAAGCACAAGCUGAUGGCACACUACGGCCGAACCCCUGAUGCGCCGGCGGCGUCCUUCAUGGCUGGGAAGGGCUACCCCUGCAACACGUGUAACAUAGUUCUGAACUCCAUAGAGCAGUACCAGGCCCACAUCAGUGGCUUCAAACACAAGAACCAGAUGCCAGGAGCGGUGCCGGUUGUAGGACCCUUCCCCCCCCAGCAGUACGUCCGGGAAGAGUCGACUGCCCCAGGAGGCUACAGUUAUUUCAGCCAAGACUUCUAGAGCAAGCUGCAGCACUGUUCUUGGAGUUGUGUUGGUGGCCCAAGAACGCACAUCCUUUGCCAGCCCACAAUGGUUUCAUUAUCCCUCUGGAUAAGCAAAGCCCUGCCCUCCUGUAUGCACCCGUUGAGCAGAACGGGGACUGAAUCUGUCCGAAAAAGGAUCCAGCUGGAAGAGACUUGGUAGACAGCAAAUACUUCACUCCCUUAGAGUAGUUUUCAUUGUGUAAUUGCUUCCUGUGAAGGUGGGUGCGGUGCGAGAGGAAGUGUGUAUCUGGUACAAGGAGGGUCUGGCAACAGGCUGGCAACGGCCACCUCCUCCCUCACCAGAGCAAGCGGUGGAUUCCUGCACCUGGAAGGCCAGCAGCCCGUGCUCAGAGGUGUCUCUUGCUGGAGGAGAACUCCUAGAUCACAGCAAGCAGCGCUUACGCGGCACGGAUGGGGACGCUGCGCGGGUUGCCUGGCUGUUUACAGGCCCCAAAUGAGAAGUGGCAGCGUCGCAUCCUGCCACGCCUCCUCUGGGCAGGUUUGUGUGCAGAUUUUCACGAGCCGCUGAUUGCCAUUAGAGCCUUUCACAGCACUGCAGCCGUUGGUUCUGGAGCUCUGUUGUUUAGGUGUCUAACGAGUCGUCGUGAUUUCUGGUGUACAGCUUGCCGCCGGUGGGAGCGGGGGCUGAGAGAGGAGCUGGAGCUCCUGGCUCUGCAGACAGCUCAGCCCUCCGCUCUGAGGAUUUCCGUGUGGAAGGAAGGAACUGUUUAGCCUGGUUUCCUAUGGAAACAGGUGUAUGCGAUGAUUCACCACGUGUGUCUUCACCCCCUGUAACUUAAACCAAUUGCAGCCAAACCUGGCCGUGGUGGCGAUCUCCAGGAGCUGAACGCGAUCAGCAGCCGAAGGUUGAGCAGAGCGAGUUCGCCUCACGUGCAGGCCCUGACAGGGUUUAAGUGCAGCGUUUUCCCUACUGCCAGCAAAAUACUGUGGGGAAAGGGAAUUUCAAGAAAAAAAAA